AUGGAUUCAUACGAUACUUCAACAUACCCAUACGGUCUCAACACUCGCAGAUCGGACCUUCCAUUAGUUUCUUUGCCUAGAAACUCGAUUGAUCCUCAAUAUAAUCAAGCAAUGGCUCAACGGCAAAGCAAUUGGAAUAUGAAUACUCUUCCUCAGCAGAACUCAUCACUGAGUGUUUCGAACAUUACACCACCACAAUAUGGAUCGUCAUCGUCAGCUGCAUUGGUGCAAGGCAAUGCUUGGGGAGACUCGAAUUCUUUGAAUAAAGGAGGAAUGAACUCGAAAACAAAUGAAGAAUCUAAAUUUAGUUGCUCGAAACUGUGCGCGAAAAUCACCUCCUCGAAAAUGCUCUUCUUCUUGGUUGGACUUAUCAUAGCUGCUGUUCCACUAGCUGUGUUUGCCACACUUUGGGUAAAUAAUCGUUCGAGUUCCAGUUCAGAAGACAGUGGCACAACAUCAACAGCUGCCAGUUCCGCCACUUUACCAAUUCAAUGUUACGCUUACUCGACUCUGAAUGAUAUAACUCGAAAUCAGCAAAUGGGUUAUAGUUGUUGUUAUAGUCCCUAUGACUCAAGCCUCAUCGCCGGUUGGUACCGUGUUACUGGAAGUUCCGGUUCACAAAUUGCUUCAUCACCUAUUUAUACGACAAGUAUAUGUGGCAGCAGUUAUCCUGGCUAUUAUAAUGGAUCAUUACCAUCAAAAGCCGGUACAUUAACAACUGGAAAUGCAUGUUUUUACACAGGUUCUUAUUGUGGGUAUUCAGUCUCGCCAAUCAGCGUUAUGAACUGUAGCGGGUACUAUAUUUUUUAUCUAGUACCAACCAGUAGUUCAAGCUAUAGAUAUUGCACAACCAGUUGA